AUGGAAGAGAUCGAAAAACUUGUGUCAAUAUUCCUGAACGUUAGUGAAGCAGUCGCAUUCAUUUGGGGCCCCGUUAAGCUUGUUCUCAUGAUAGCGACAACAUGGACGAAUAGUAUCAAAAACAUCAUUGAUGUCUAUGAGGAAAUUGCAAUCGCACUCGACAAUUUGGCUGUAUUCCGCAACCUCAUCAGGCAUGAUGAACAGUUGAAGCGGAUGCUGGAAGACUACUUCUCCGAUAUCCUCCGUUUCCAUAGUUCCAUACUAGAAGUUUUCUCUAAACCUGACUGGAAACGGAUGUUCAUGUUCAUCUGGAGAGAAUUCCGACGAAAUGUCAAGCCCAUCAUAGAAAGCCUGAAGAGAAAACAAGCUAUGUUAUCAGACGAUAAACUUCAACAGCAUGCGAUCCUCAAAAGCGUUCAAGAUUCCGAUCUAUACGCAAAAGAUCAAUUUGGUCAAAUACAGUCGGGUCUAGAUGAUGUAAUCAAUUUGGAAGAAGCGAGAAGACAGAAGCAAGAGAUUGAGCAGAUCAUGUCGUGUUUGGAAAGAAAGUUGAAUGUUUCUCUGGCGCAGAUCAUUAGCCAACUGGAGCUUCCAGACAUGGUUAUUGAAUCUUCAGGGAGAUGGGUUCUCUCUAACUUACGUUUCCAAUCAUGGGAAGUCAACGAGUCAUCGGAAGGAUGUGUUCUCUAUCUGAAUGGAUGCCCCGGUGCUGGGAAGUCUACUCUCGUGAGAACAAUUAUUCGUUACCUCAAAGACAAGCCAUCUCGUCAAACCCCAACUCACCCUUUGUUGGUUUACUUCUUCUUCAAGCACAACGAUGCGGAUCGCAAAUCAUUUAGAUCAAUGCUUUGCCAUAUCAUCACUCAGAUAAUCAACACUGAUGGUGUGAUGAUGCGGUUUGCCUAUGACAAAUGCUCUUCUAUGGACUACCUUGAUCUUCCAUUUCUUAAGAGCCUGGCCUCGGAUUGCCUGUUCUCGCAGCGCGAUAUUACUAUCGUUCUUGAUGGCCUUGACGAGGCCAAGGACAAUGAGCCUGAAAAUGUUCUCAAGUGGUGUUUAUAUGAGUUGCUCCGAAUGGCCCCAUCUCGAGGUUGUCGCAUCAGGCUCUUGAUCUGUGGGCAAGAAGACGGAAGGAUUGAACCUCUUCUUUCGUCUUACCCACAAAUUCGACUUCACACAGCCGAUCUACACAGAAAGGACAUUGAAGAAUAUUGUAAGGGACAGGCUUCCGUUAUUCGUAACAGGUUCCGGCUUUCUUGUGAUGAUGAAAAUGAUUUAAUCCUCAAAGUUUCAGAGGCAGCAAAAGGAAUGUUUCUGUAUGCUAAAGUGGUUUUAUCAAAUUUGGCAUCGAUGGGGUCAAGGAAGGAGUACAAAGCACAGCUGGAAGACAACGAGUUUCCACGCGAUCUGGAUGAAGCAUAUGAACGUAUUAUUCAGCGUGUAAUUCAUGCCGCUGGACCGUCGGCACAAACAAGCGCCAAAAAGAUUCUUGGUUGGGUAGGACUAUGCGAUCCGGAUGACGUUCGUGCAGAUAACUGCAAACAACUUUGCAGUUCUCUCGUUGAUGCUACAGACUGCGAAAUGUUUCCGGGGGUCGAGUCUGAACAAACUAUUAACAUAAUUCACGAAACAGCAAGCAAAUAUCUCGUAUACACCAAUACCAUUGACCUUAUGCGAGAGCACAUCGCCAUGUCCCUCUUUUGUUGCCGUUAUCUCAGUUCCAGACCAUUUCUCGGUAUUGCAAGCGACCAAGUGUGCGACGUUCUUCAGUCAGGCUACUUCGGUUUCAUGGACUAUGCUGCUGCGUAUUAUCAGUCACACGUCGACAAAACCGAGCCCCUCAACAUGGAUAUUGUCUCUGACUUAGACUUAAAUAUAGCCACAGCCAAAAAUGCUCUAUCGGAUCUGGAAAAGGCCUAUCAGAGAACUGACACAGAUGGAAUAGCUGACAUAGAAGUGGUCGCAGGGUCCACUGAGGAAGCUAGCAAGCUCCUAGCGCAAUCCAUACAAGACAAGGUGAUCGAUAUAAGAAUGAUGAUACACACCCAGUGGGAUGACCUGUCCCAAAACACAGGUUUCAAAGAAUUGGAAGGCGAAAAAAGACACAAAUGCACGAGACUUCAAUGCCCCAAGUUCCCUGUUGGAUAUCCGAACGAGGACCUACUGCGACAGCAUCGCGCCAGUCACGAACGUCCUUUCAGGUGCAAGGAGGAAAGCUGCUUUGCCUAUGUCGUUGGUUACACCGCACAAACCGAUUUGCAACGUCACAAUCAGAAAUUCCACAAUGAAGAGUCCCGAGCAAAGAUAUCGUUCCCAAAGGAAAACAAAGCUGGAGAACACGAGUUAAUCAGUGCUUGUAGAUCUGGAGAUCUGAAACACGUCAAACUCCUUCACCGUUUGGAUGCCGAUCUUUCGGGUGCAUCACUUCCAGAUUCGCCUUUGAUGGUUGCUUUUAAAGCUAAACAUGGCCAUAUAUGCAAAUACCUCGUCGAAAACGGAGUCGAUCCUUUCGUUAUACCACAUCGGGGAAUGAAAGCAACACCCAUCGACCUUGCAAUCCGUACGAAAGACUUUGACAUGUUGGAAUUAUUUCUAUUUACUUGUCAACAAGUCACAUCCCCUCUCAAUGAGGCGCAUCUUGAAAAUUGUAUCGGAAAAAUAGUGUCUUCAUACCCACCUGGGGUAGAAAUUUUGCUACAAUUGUCGAUCAAAAAUCAAGGAGAGGAGGGUUCAUUGGUAAUCGACUCCAUUUUAGUUGAUCGAAUAGCAUUUCUUUUCGAUGACUGGAGAUAUAAACUGGCCGCCUACCCGGGUAGCCUGGAUUUGUAUGACCACUGGGAUAAUUUCACACUCGGACACUCAACAUUUCGUGAUCUCUUUCCGAAACUCUACUUUCAGGGAAAGUUCUUUCCUGACCGCAGUAGUAAAGAGUACAAGAUCUGUCAACGGAUUAUCAGCGAAAACAAGUUCUUCCUUCAUAUUGCACUUGCCGGAAGGAACUACCGUCUUGCUACGUUUUGGAUGGAUAUUGACACCCACAAGCUGAUGCAGAUCCAAGAUGAAAAGAACAACAGUCCUCUGCAUGUUUGCAUUAUGGAAUCUUGUAACAGCGCUUGUGAUACAUGUAUUCUCAUGGUUGAGCGCCUUGUCAAGCUUGACACCAAAGGACUUGCACAUAAGUCCAACAACAAUGGUCAGUUGCCAGUCCAUACCGCAUUAUUGAGAUGGGGAGAUUAUCCACGAAUAUUGUUGCAGAGACUGUUGGAACUAUGUAAAGACUUGAAUUACAAGGAUAAACGGGGCUCCAGUCCAUUACACUAUGCGCGGACUGCGGAAAAUAUGCAAAUUCUGGUACGUCACAAGGGUGUCGAUCUUUUCAGCAGAAACAAGGAAGGGCAAACUUGCUUUAUGACGCUUUUCAAAAGAGAUGACACCUUCAACGAGGAUAUUAUGCGAAUUCUUCUGGAGGCAGACAUAAGACUGGCAUGGACAGCUGAAAAGUAUGGGCAAUGUUUCACACCCCUUCACUAUGCAUUAUUGGCUGGCAGAUGGAAAGAUAGGAAAGAUCCGAAAGGAAACGGCUAUGGACCCUCGAGAAUUGCCAAGUUUCUACUUGACCUUCCGGAAGUCGAACAGGUCCUCCAGGCGUAUGCAGCCGAGCCAAGCCCAGAUUGUCGAGCAGUAAGAGCCUAUGCUGUGAGAGAGAAGCUAGGUCAUGCGUUGGAAAUUAUGGACAAGAUUGGAUUUGGGCUGUCUGCUACGAACGAGGUGGACGGAUAG